ACCCCGGCUGCGCAUUGCGCGUUUCAUUAGUUGCCGCUACUUAGCCGCCGCCCGCCGCUGAAUUUGUUUACGUUCGGACUUUGUGUUUAUGUUUUGUGUAUUAAUGCUCAAGUGUCGAAACAAGUGAACAAAAGUCAAUUGCAAUCUACAAUUUAAUAAUUUAAUUCAAAACUAAUCAAGCUGCGUGAUUUAAAUAGUAUUCAAACAUGACCGAUAACAACAAACCAAAAGCAAGCUAUCCUAAACAUUAUCCCAAAGAUGCACAAGUAAUAGCCUCUAUAAUGCAAGACAUGGGGAUCAAUGAUUAUGAACCCAAAGUAAUCAAUCAACUUUUAGAAUUCACAUACAGAUACGUUUCAUCAAUUCUUGAUGAUAGUAAAGUUUAUGCCAAUCACAGCAAGAAGAAAGUUAUCGACGUCGAUGAUGUGAAACUUGCUGUUAAGCUCAGAUUGGACCGUACCUUUACUAACCCACCUCCAAGAGAAGUUUUGAUAGAACUAGCAAAAGAAAAGAAUAGUAUUAAUUUACCUGCGAUAAAACCAGCAAGUGGACUUAUGCUUCCUCCGGAUAGAUUUUGCUUAAUUGGAACAAAUUAUAGGCUGAAAUCUCCUGCAAGGAAAAAUCCAAAAUAUGGUCUUGGAAAUUCAACUAUAUUUGGGAAUCAUAAUAAAAGUCAUAGAACUCUUGCAACAGUCAAAAGACCAGGAAGUUUUUCAGCAAAUUCAAAAUCUAAUGCUUCAUUGUCCAAACCAGUAUAUAAAUAUUGUCCAAGUUCAAAUACUAAUACAAAUACGAAUAAUACCAAUACUCAAACAACAUCAAAUCAAAACCAAUCUCAAGCAAAAGUAGAAGAUGGUGAUACUCCGGUGAAAGCAACAAAUGGAAACCACUUUAGCGUACCAUAAUGCAUUAGCUGCAAGUUCCAAAAAUAUUUUUAAUUAUAAAGAUUAUAAUUUACUGUCAAAUGUAUUAGUCAUAUAUGCCUACAUAUCAAGAAAAUGCAACUUGAUAUCC